AUUUAAAUCUGAAGAGGAAAGUGUUAAGUGGCAUCAGCUUGAGGGGCACCUCAGAAAGAGGUCAACCCAACAAAAUUACGAGGCGAUUUUGAAUGGACAUAGAAUUGCUGUUUGCAGUGAAUCUGAGGCGAGAUUUAACCAAGGCUCCAACGUUAACAAACGUCUGCGUACUCAUUUGCCAGAAAACCAUUUGGAAUGUAAUAAAGGUGAGGACGUCUUGUCUCAAAGACCUAAACGUAUCAAACAGAGGAGUACACAUCUGGAAGACAAUCCUUCUCGAGAACCUGGGAACGCUCUGUGGCUGUCCCCCAGUGUUGGUGAUCCUCAGACAAGUUGUGUGGGACAAAAGCCAUCCACAAGUAAGAAGUCUGGAAACACACUUAGUCAGUCACCAAGACUAAAUAUACAUAACACAAUUGGCACUGGAAAGAAAAGGUACACUUGUAAGGACGGUGGCCUGGUCCUUCAUUGGCAAUCAACACUACCUCAACAUCAGAGAAUGCAUGCUGGAGAGGCGUCCUACACCUGUGAAGAGUGUGGUCAAACCUUUAAGGACUGCUCAUCGCUAAAUAGACAUGAGCAAAUCCAUAUUAGAGAGAAACGUUACAAAUGUCAACAAUGUGGCAAGGCCUUUCGCCAGCACUCACACCUUACUGAACAUCUCAGAAUUCAUACUAGAGAGAAACCUUACAAAUGUAAGGACUGUGGUAAGGCCUUUACAAACCAGUCACACCUUACUGUACAUCUCAGAAUCCAUACUGGAGAGAAACCUUACACAUGUGAACACUGUGGUAAGGGCUUUACAAACCACUCACACCUUACUCGACAUCUCAGGAUUCAUACUGGACAGAAACCUUACAAAUGUAAAGAAUGUGUCAUGGCCUUUAGCCGGCACUCACACCUUACUCGACAUCUCAGAAUUCAUACUGGAGAGAAACCUUACAUAUGUGAACGAUGUG